UUUUCAAGCGACCAAUAGAAUAUCUUACAAAAGUCAAAUCUGAAAUUACAGUAGUACUACAUUCUCCAUUAAUCACCCCCUUAAUAUUCACAAUCAUAUCUUAAAAUAUCAUUAAAUUUACAUUCAUACACCAAACAGGGCCUUAAAUUUCCCUAAAUGUCCAUGAAUACUCCAAAAUUUCUGCCCAAAUGAGUUUCCUAAAAGACCUAGCAGAAACCCUAACCUCAAUCUUCUCGGAUACUACUCCAUCAUCUUCAUCGAACGAUCCUCAGCAAACCUCCGGUGAUCGGACGAUGGACGGCGUUGCCACGGGGAAUGAACGGGCGGCGUAUAAGCUAAAAGGAUACUUUGAAUUGGCUAAAGAAGAGAUCGCUAAAGCUGUUAGAGCUGAAGAAUGGGGAUUGGUAGAUGAUGCUAUUUCACAUUAUCAAAAUGCACAAAGGAUACUCAACGAAGGGAUAUCUACUCCUGUUCCUUCGUAUAUAACUUCUAGUGAACACGAGAAGGUGAAAUCAUAUCGUCAAAAGAUAUCAAAAUGGCAGUGUCAAGUUUCAGACAGACUUCAGACUUUAGGUCGACGAGCAGUUGGCACAUCUUCAGUCAAGCAUUCAGCACCACAAACCCAAAGAGUGGCUGUUUCACAAUCAAGUUCGUCUGCUCGAAAAGGAGUAUCUCGAUCUGUGCCUGGAUCAGGGAAAGACAGCUCUGUUAUGAGGGUUCCGAGUAAUAGCAUAUCAAGCCGUAAACCUUCACAGGAAUCUGCCACUGCUAGUGGGUAUGAUCCAAAGUUGGUGGACAUGAUAAAUUCUGUAAUUGUGGAUAGAAGCCCUUCUGUUAAAUGGGAAGAUAUUGCUGGCCUUGAAAAGGCAAAACAAGCUCUCUUAGAGAUGGUAAUUCUACCAACCAAAAGAAAGGAUCUCUUCACUGGCUUAAGAAGGCCUGCUCGAGGUCUACUUCUUUUUGGCCCGCCAGGUACUGGAAAAACCAUGCUUGCCAAAGCAGUAGCAUCUGAGUCCCAGGCCACAUUUUUCAAUGUGUCUGCUUCUGCAUUAACAUCAAAGUGGGUCGGAGAGGGUGAAAAGCUUGUCAAGACACUUUUCAUGGUUGCCAUUUCCAGGCAGCCAUCUGUAAUUUUCAUGGAUGAGAUAGAUAGUAUUAUGUCAACUAGGACUACCAAUGAGAAUGAAGCGAGCAGAAGGUUGAAGUCUGAGUUUCUAGUUCAGUUUGAUGGGGUGACAUCAAAUUCUGAUGGCCUGGUAAUUGUAAUUGGUGCAACGAAUAAGCCACAGGAGUUGGAUGACGCUGUUCUAAGGAGAUUGGUGAAAAGAAUAUAUAUACCUUUACCUGAUGCUAGUGUUAGAAGACAACUUCUGAAACACAGACUAAAGGGAAAUGCUUUUUCUUUGCCUGAUGGAGAUCUAGAACGACUAGUGAGAGACACAGAAGGGUAUUCUGGAAGUGAUCUUCAAGCCUUGUGCGAGGAGGCUGCAAUGAUGCCGAUCAGAGAGCUUGGCGCUAAUAUUCUCUCAGUCAAGGCAAAUCAGGUGAGGGGUUUAAGAUAUGGAGAUUUUCAAAAGGCCAUGACAGUGAUUAGGCCUAGUCUGCAAAAGAGCAAGUGGGAGGAGCUUGAAAGGUGGAAUCAAGAUUUUGGUGCCAACUAAGUGCCCAACUCUUGAAUAUUUUGUGCAAUAUGAAGUAAAGCGAAAACAAAAGUUUAUGAUAGGCAAGCGGACGAUUUUUUUUUUUUUUUGGGGGGGGGGGGGGGGGGGGCAGGUCAGUGUCUGUCCUGACUGUAUGUGUACACACUUGAGAACUUACAAUUGAUUAUUAUCCAGAAUUUGGAUAUUACUAGGUACAUAAUUCCCAGAGAAAGCAUGUAUAGAUGAUCACGACGUGUGAUACAAGUGUUUUGUAGUUCCCCUUUGUGUCUGGACGUUUGUUUAGAACUGAUGGUUCAAUAUACUGUUGUGAAUAGUGGAUGACGCUCUUAGCUUUUCCGACCCUUAAAUAAAUAUAUUUACGAGAGGAA